AUGGUACGAGUUGAGGGCGCCGCGCCCAUCUGCGUCGCGAGCAUCUGCACCCACGCUAAAGCUACUGCUCUUGCACCGCAGCCAGCCUCUCCAUUGCUGUGCCCGACGUGCACAGUAACUUCACAAAUCGCCGCUAUUCAAUCCGUACAAGGACAAUUCGACGCGCGCGGCGGAGUGCUCAAUUCCCAGAAAAGGGGAGAAGAUCGCCACACGGCAGACGCUCACAAGGUCCUUCGAAAGGCCUGGCGUACCGCCAAGAUUGCAUUGGCAAAUACCAUAGAGAAGUUCGAAGACUUACUUGAAGACAAGAACACACCAGUCCAGGAUCUUCCAAAGCUGAGAGAAGCAUUGAACGUGUGGGACAAGAAGAUGAUUGUGCUGACUAGGGUACCGGGUCUAAGAUACGUCCAGGGUGCGGAAGAAGGAGAACCGACCGAUGAGGAGAAGAAAGAAGCGCGAUUACUGAUGGUAUGGCUGAAGAUGGCUAUUGAGGAAGAGAUGACACAAGAAGAGCUGGAGUCAUCUCGAACAAAUCCGCCAGUAGACACUUCACUUUCAACGUCGUCGCAAACCCCUGUCACCAGCCGGCUUCAACAUACUGUACCGCAAGAGCGUUCAGAUGUACGUCAGUUCGAGUUCGAGUGUCCACUACUAGCAAUCGCGCAGACGCUUGUCACGUCGAUGCCGGACCACCAGCAUAACAUUGCGAUGCCUAAACCGGUCCUCAAGCGGCCUCGCGCCAUCACUUUGACAGGCAGCCAAUCUUCCUCGCCAUCGCCACUGCCCAAACGGGUUCGCUUAUCAAAUACCGUGACUAUGUCGCCUGAGCACCUUUACAUCGCCAACCCUCCACCUUUCCAGCCACUCUCUCGUACUGCAAUAGUACUACCACACGCUACUCACACGCUUGCCGAACACCGCCGCCGGCGACCUGAGUUCCACCGCACGACUGAGGCCUAUGUACCUGGCGUUUGGGCGUCGGGGGCUUUCAGCCAGAAGGUCGAUACAAGCUUCCGCAGCAUGACGCGCAAGGAGAUGGAGAAGCGAUACAAGCAGGAGUCAGAAGAACAGGAGCAAGAGCAGGAGCUGGCGAUCAAACUAAAGGAUACUAGUAGAGGCUGGGUGGCGCUUUGGUGGGCGAAGAAGAUGGCGCCAAACUUGGAUCUGGAGAAAUUGGAGAUGGAGAUGGAGAUGAAGACGUGA